CCAACCAACACCAACAUUUUUCUCUCUCUUAAAUUUCUCUUCACUUAAAUUUUUUCUUUAUAUUAAUCUCUUUACACUCUUCACAAACUUCAGGGCUCCAUCUCAAAACUCCCCUCUCUCUCUUCUUUCUCUCUCUAAAAAAACACUAAACCCAUAUCUUUCCGAGCCAAAAAUUAAAAAAAAAAAAAUAUAUAAAUAUAUAUAUUAAGUCAUCAAAAAAAAAAGCUUAAAUCGCCGCCAUUAAUGGCGUCUCCGCCGGACACAAGCAAAACCAUGAAGCUCGAACGCUACAACAGCUACUUACGAAGAGUAAACAGUACAAAGCUUCUCACCGCAUCAUCGAAACUUCUCUUCAGAGCAACUUUACUAAUCGCUCUCGUUUUAAUCCUCUUCUUCACUCUAAAUUACCCACCGUUAACUUCCGAUUCAACCACCGAUCACCAUAGCCGUCUACACACUCGCAAUAAUUUCUUAUCCUCCGCUUUUUACGGCACCGGAGUCGGCGGCGCAGCUUGGGAGAAACAAGUCCGUCAUUCAUCGACUCCACGCCGAGCUAACGGAAUGUCUGUUCUCGUAACCGGCGCAGCCGGUUUCGUCGGCUCACACUGUUCUUUAGCUUUGAAAAAACGCGGCGAUGGCGUUCUCGGCUUGGAUAAUUUCAACGAUUAUUACGAUCCGUCUUUGAAGAAAGAUCGGCAAGCUUUAUUAGCUCGUCAUCAGAUUUUCGUAGUCGACGGAGAUCUAAACGACGGUCCGUUGUUAUCGAAGCUCUUCGAUGUGGUUCCAUUUACGCACGUGCUUCAUUUAGCUGCUCAAGCAGGUGUACGGUACGCUAUGGUGAAUCCUCAAUCUUAUAUUCGAUCAAACAUAGCUGGUUUCGUUAAUCUUCUCGAGAUCGCUAAAGCCGCAAAUCCUCAACCAGCUAUAGUUUGGGCUUCAUCAAGCUCAGUUUACGGAUUAAACACUGAAAAUCCAUUUUCCGAGCACCACCGUACCGAUCAACCGGCGAGUCUUUACGCCGCCACGAAAAAAGCCGGAGAAGAAAUAGCUCAUACGUAUAACCACAUAUAUGGGCUUUCCUUAACGGGCCUAAGAUUCUUUACUGUUUAUGGGCCUUGGGGAAGGCCCGAUAUGGCUUAUUUCUUUUUCACUAAAGCUAUACUUCAGGGAAAACCAAUAGACAUAUACCAAACGCAGGACGAUAAAGAAGUGGCGCGUGACUUCACGUACAUCGAUGAUAUCGUCAAAGGCUGUUUGGGAUCGCUUGAUACGUCGGAAAAGAGUACCGGUAGCGGCGGAAAGAAGAAAGGUCCGGCACAAUUAAGGGUUUAUAAUUUGGGUAAUACUUCACCGGUGCCGGUAGGGAAAUUGGUAUCGAUAUUAGAAACGUUAUUGAAUACAAAGGCUAAAAAGCACGUGAUUAAAAUGCCUCGAAACGGUGACGUUCCGUACACUCAUGCUAACGUGAGCCAGGCGUAUAAAGAUUUUGGGUACAAACCAACAACGGAUUUGUCUACAGGUUUGAGAAAGUUCGUAAAAUGGUACGUUAGUUAUUACGGGAUUCAGCCGAGGGUAAAAAGGGAAUUUAACUUGAAUCCCGAGGAAUCCGCUUGAUUUAAUAUAAUCAAUCAUCAUUCACAUGGUUUUUUUUUUUUUUUAAUUUUUAUUUUUUAUAUAAAUGUUAUUAUUUUUAUUAUUGAGAAAAAAAAAAAGUUAUUAUUGUGGUCCCUCAUGUAGUGGAUCAUAUUUGCUGCACCUAGCUGUUGUUGUUGUAGAAUAUUAUAUAUAUAUAUAUAUAGAUAUAAAAACUCCAUAUAUAUAGAAGAAGAAAUUGGAAAGAGAGGAGAAGUGUAGAGGUUGUGGAUUGGGUGUGGGAAGGUGUAAUAAUUUUUGGGUGGGGUCUACUAGAAAGGGUGUAGAUCUCAACCAUUGGAUUGAUGUUAUUAUUAUUAUAUAUGAUGAAAUUGAACAGUCAAGAUCAGUUUUUAAUUU